GGAGCCGGGCCCCAGCCCAGUGCCUGCGUUCCUCGGCAAGCUAUGGGCGCUGGUGGGAGACCCGGGGACAGACCACCUGAUCCGCUGGAGCCCGGUGAGGGCUGGGGCCCCGUGACUUCCCCAGUGGUCCCCAGGAUCCUUCCACGUCAGUGAACAUCCACGCCCACCCAACCCCUGUCUGGGACAGGGCUAUGGGUCUCCCGAUUCAGCUGUCCAGUGUAGUUUAACUUGGAGGGGUUGUGCGAGAUGAAGAUGAGGCGACUUCCUCCGGACCGAGGAAAGGGUAGGCGCCUUCUGGAGACCUAGAGCCUGAGGGAUCUUUGAGGUCAUUUAGUUCCCACCCCACCCCAACAGACAGAUAGGAAAACAGAGACUUGGAGAAGGGAAGAGCUAGGUCUGGUUCUGGAUCGGAGUGGCGUCUUGGGUCUGGGACCCCUCCAGGGUUGGAAGUCUGGCUUCUGCUCUUUCUUUCCCAGAACCCAGUACGGAGUGUGGGUCUGGCUAGGGUAGGGACUGACUGUGGUCGCUCCAGGUUAGGCCGCAGAGCUGGUUCUGGCCUGGCCUUGUCCCAUGUCUUCAUGAGCGGCACGGGUCUCCAGCGUGAGUACGAGUGUGUGCGUGUGUGUGCGUGUGUGUGUGCGCGCGCGCGCGCCAAAGCGCGGGCCUGGCCGAGGGCGGGCACGGCUCACUGUGUCGUCCGGUCUCCGCCCGCACCGUGGGUGGGCGGGCUGCGUUCUUGGCAGAGCGGGACCAGUUUCCUCGUAAGCGACCAGAGCCGCUUCGCCAAGGAAGUGCUGCCCCAAUACUUCAAGCACAGCAACAUGGCAAGCUUUGUGCGGCAGCUCAACAUGUAUGGUUUUCGGAAGGUGGUGAGCAUUGAGCAGGGCGGCCUGCUUAGGCCCGAGCGCGACCACGUCGAGUUUCAGCACCCGAGCUUCGUACGCGGCCGAGAACAACUACUGGAACGUGUGCGGCGCAAGGUGCCUGCGCUGCGCAGCGACGACGGCCGCUGGCGCCCCGAGGACUUGGGCCGGCUGCUGGGCGAGGUGCAGGCUUUGCGGGGAGUGCAGGAGAGCACCGAGGCGCGGCUGCGGGAGCUCAGGCAGCAGAACGAGAUCUUAUGGAGAGAGGUGGUGACUCUGCGGCAGAGCCAUGGUCAGCAGCACCGGGUCAUUGGAAAGCUGAUCCAGUGCCUCUUUGGGCCACUUCAGACAGGGUCCAGCAGCGCAGGAGCUAAGAGAAAGCUGUCCCUGAUGCUGGAGGAGGGGAGCUCAUGCCCAACACCAGCCAAAUUCAGUGCCUGUCCCCUACCUGGUGCCCUCUUGCAGGACCCCUACUGUAUCCAGUCGCCCCUCCCAGAGACCGCCUCAGGCCUCAGCAGCUCUCACAGGGCCAGGGGCCCUAUCAUCUCUGACCUCCACGAAGACUCUCCAUCCCCUGAUGGGACCAGGCUUUCUCCUUCCAGAAGUGUUAGGAGGGAGAAGGGCCUGGCACUGCUCAAAGAAGAGCCGGCCAGCCCAGGGGGGGAAGGCGAGGCCGGGCUGGCCCUGGCCCCAAACGAGUGUGACUUCUGCGUGACAGCCCCCCCGCCACUGCCUGUGGCUGUGGUGCAGGCCAUCCUGGAAGGGAAAGGGAACUUCAGCCCCGAGGGGCCCAGGAAUGCCCAACAGCCCGAACCAAGGGGUCCCAGGGAGGUAUCUGACAGGGGAACUCUGGGCCUGGAGAGGGGGGUGCGGAGCCCAGAGCAUCUGCUACCUCCCAUGUUGCUUCAGCCCCCCACUGAAAGUGUGGAGCCCGCAGGGCCCCUGGAUGUGCUGGGCCCCAGCCACCAAGGGCGAGAAUGGACCCUGAUGGACUUGGACAUGGAGUUGUCCCUGAUGCAGCCCUUGGGUCCGGAGAGGAGUGAGACUGAGCUGGCAGUCAAAGGGUUAAAUUCUCCAGGGCCAGGGAAGGACUCCACCCUUGGGGCACCACUCCUGCUGGAUGUCCAAGCGGCUUUGGGAGGCCCAACUCUCAGCCUUCCUGGAGCUUUAACCAUUUACAGCACCCCUGAGAGCCGAGCCUCCUACCUAGACACCGGGGCCAAUCCCUCCCCCUGAGACCUGCUUGGCUCUGAAGCCAGCCUACCUGAGGGACUGGCCUGCAGCAGCACCCCCUUCUGGGCUUCCUGGUGCCCUUGGAAGAGGCAGAACCAAGACCCUGCUACUUUGUGGUCCUUCUCCAUUACUGAGCCCUGCACAUAAACUGCAUUUUUUUCUGUGUU